AUGCGAAUAUUCCUCUACGUGUUAGCAAUAAUUUCAAUCAGCGAUCUCAUAAAUGGCCUAUUUCUACCGGGCGCGGACUAUCCGCGGCAGCGAAACUCCGCGCACUCGUUGUCUUGGUUCCCUAGAGUGCGCCGUUUGACUGAGCCCACUCAUCGAAUUAUAGACCCUGCUGAAGAUUGCUUUCUAGUGUCAUCCGAAGAGGGAGAACUGUUUUACAAAUCGCCAUCGAACGAGCCAUCGGUUUGUGGAAUCUAUAUGAUAGCAGAUCCCGAUAAGAGAAUCCAGGUUACCUUCAAUUAUCUGGACGUGCCUUGUGAAAAUGGAGGCUUGGUUGCGUGGGUGGAUGGGUGGGAGUUGAACGGCCAAGUGUGGCCGGCGGACGCCUGGGAUGACGAGAGGCUUGUGGAAUCCUGCGAGAGGAGACCACAGCAGAAACUAACGUCCAGACAGAAUGCCGCCCUCAUACAGUACAGAGUGCCCGCUAAAGGAAAAGGUUUUGCGGUGAAUGUGCGACAUGUGAAAAAUGCCAAACCGUGCAAUGUAAUGGUGUUUGGCGCCGAAGGUGUGUACACUCUACGCAACCACGGGGAGACUGGAAAUUGCUCGAUUCUUGCAAUAUCGCCAGCCACCGUACGGAUAUUAGACCUUGAUGUGGGACAAUCGAUGAAGAGGGGUCCCUUAAGCCUCGAGACUGGAACCAUUCAUCAUUGCACAAAGCGGGGGCUGCCUGAUUACGUGGACAUUGGCGGUGCCAGUGGCCUAGAUCACACGAAAAUGGAGGUGCUCGACAGCGUUUGCGGACUCGACUCUAAUGCAGGUCAACGACCCGCUUACAUCGCAUGCGAGGAUACAAUUGUUCGCCUGGUGUCCAGCGGGCUGUACAAAAACUCCGUGACGCUCGCCUUCGGAGCACUGCCAUUUGAGCACAUUGAGCACGCCGACUUGAUCUGCGGAAUAAACGACGUC